CCGGAGACCCCAAAGCAGUCCUCCGUCCAGAAAAGUGCUAACGCGAAGAAGUUCUUGCCCAGGUCCGGACCGUCUGUUGCACCGCCUGUUCUUACGACUGGUGCCACUUCUCUUGUCUUCGACAGCUCGGCUUCUGGGUCGAAGCCUACCCAGGGAACGGCCCAGCGCCCGGAAGUGAAGAGGGAGGCCGGUGAAGCAUACACAAACGUCACUAAAUCUGAAAAUCCUCCAGCCAGGGGCACACUCGCACUCUGGAGUAAGAUCGAAGGAGAUAUGGCUCAGCGUAACCCCGCAGGCUGGGCUGCUCUGGCGCAGGAGGAGUUUAAGCGUCUCGUCAACACGUAUCACCCUGGCCUGAUCCCUAAGGAUGUAUUGGAGGAGCAUAUGCGUAAGUAUAGUCAGGUCUAUCCUGUACAAGACGAGAGCAAAGUCGCAGGCUUGAAGGGUGCAGAGAAGAAGCCAAUAGAGAAAGCACCUGUGGACGAUGCCGACCUGGGAGCUACGGGGCCCACUCGAGACGUGCCUCCAGCGAUUGGUGCUGCAAUGCCAUCGGCACAGCGGACCGUUGCCCACGGACUGACCCAAGAGGCGCCAGCUGUUCCCAGCUCGAGCGCAAGUGCAGCCUCAGCAGAUCAAGUGCACAAUACACCGCAUCACCAAAAGCUUGUCCCGGGGCUCGACGCGCGAGGUAAUUUUGUUCUGACGCCCACAAGGAAGCUACGCGGCUUAUAUCCUUCUCAAGGCCUCGCUACACCUACGUCCCGCGGUGCACAGGACAUCACAACACCGAGCACGCAUCAUACUUCGAUUGCUGGGCCUUCGAUCGUCCACCCAUCGCCGGUGAGUUACUCGCCGGGGCCGCACUUUCCUCGACUGGGUGAGGAGCCGCAGCAGCAAGCGAAGGACGACCAGACGAUCCAGAUACCGUACCCAGGGGGUCCAGUCAAGCACAACCCGUACAGGACACUCCCAAAGAUUCCCCAACCGAAACUGAAUCAGCCCAGGUCUACUCCAAUCAACACCACCAUGAACCGUCCGGCGCACACCCGUAGUGGCCCAAGGAGGGGACCUCGUCCAAAGCGGCUCGAUCAAGGUCCGGGUGCUUCCCCUGCAGACAUCUACCCGGACGACUCGCCCAUGAGCGACGAGAACAGAGCGCGAGCCAGUACAUUGAGCGGCGGCACCGAGACAAGGCCUCGAGCUGAUACUGGUACUGACCGUGUCAUUGCGCGCCCUCCUCCCGACCCUUUCGUUGACAAUCCCGUAGUGAAUUUCCCUGUUGCGCCUACUUUCCCAGCUGCACCCACGACGACAAAUGCAGGUGGCAUGGAUAUCAACCCGGCCUAUGUACCAGAUUGGGAGACCAUCAACACCCGGAGCCAGAGCAGCGCCGAGCCCAUGCGCACGUCUUCCCAACCCACGCGAUUCAACUCCGCCUUCAACCCCUAUGUCGGAGGGCAGGUCAACCAACAUUACGACAUGGGUACUGGUUUCCGGGCGCCAGCGCCAAUGUCUGGCUAUCACGCACCUACGAGUUAUCAAUAUGGUCAGUAUCUAGGCUACCCAACGCUCAGCCCCAUCCCAGAAGGCUCAAGUGAACAAACUCCUGAGUUCAAUGCUUAUCGUACGGUUACGCAAGGCCCUGUUGAAGCCCCACGCAGCGCGGCUCUUAGUGGAAUCAGUGAUCUGCCCUAUCCUUCACCACUGCCCGUUGUCUCACCAGCACUCCAAUUUCCUUCGGCUCCGGCCACCUUCUCGCAGACCGGCGCACAUGCGGCUCAACUACCGAUGCUUCAAGAUCGCCUGGCUGUUCCUAAAACCCCCAUGGAGCCCGACCAGCUUGAUGGAAGCCGGUAUGGAUUGCAGAGGUAUGGACUGGGACUCCACAAACUGGGUGAUGUCUGGAUGCCUCCUCGGCCGAAGCCAGGCACCCGCUUUAGCAACGUUGGGUAUCUCUGGGGCCACACUUAGGAUCAGCUAACAUACAAUGGGCCUAUCGGUAAUAUCCUCAGAGCAGCAACAGCGGCCGACCAUCCGAAACAUUUGGCGAAUACGGUUCUCGGAUAUCACCACAUCUAAUGAGAAGGCCGAUCUAGCUAGAAGACGGACUUGCGGCGAGUGAAUGCGGGGGAUCUAAUGGAGUGCUCUGGAUUGCAUAGAUGCCUUCAUUCCUGGACAUGCAAUGCACACAUGAGCACAUUUGGGCUUACAAUGGGUGAAUGAAGAACACAGAUAGAUGCCGGGAGAAGUCGUCUGCGCUUCGAUCCGUCUAGCUCUUCUUCAUCCUUCAUCUUCAGGUUGUAGAUCACAAUUGAGUGGAGG